UCCACUACAAAAAACCAACAGGAAAGUGUAAGAGAAGAAACGUCAGAGUCUGGUGUGACAAACUCCACUGCCAUUGCUGUAACUGUUACUCUUCUUCUGGUAGUAUUGGCGCUAGCAUUGGGGUAUCUAGUCUACUACAGAAGACGAAAAAGGUAACUAGUUGCGAAAGAUAAAAAAUGAUUAAUACCAAUACAGUACAUAUUUGAUACAUAUUUUCAAUCAACAAAAAACUAUCAUCAUUUGUCAAAUAUUUAUUCUUUCUUUGGUUCUUAUGAUAAAUAUGAGAGCCCAACAUAUAACUUUUAACAAAGCCAUUAAAACAGUUAAGCCGUGAUGUAACGUUUCGUCUUUAACUUAAGACAUCUACAGACUAGAUAAAAUUAAUAUGAGAUUUGAAUAUAUAUAAGCUAAUUAUAAUCUAUUUACAAGGUGUUAUGUUACUAAGGAUAAUAAAGGAUAAGAGUGUGUAUGUAUGACAGGACGAUACAAAUGAGGAAACAAAACAAAACAGACACAAGACAACGGCAAAUUACAGUAGAUUAAGCGGAACAGAGCUGCCCUGGUUCUUCUAUUGACUGGAAUUUUCUAUUGACUGGAAUUUUCUUGUUCUUUAGCUCAAACCGAGUUGCUACCCAAAUAGGAUAAUCGAUGCUUAAACCUACCGAAAAUCAUACAAAAUCCGAGCAAUAUCCCUAUGGAAUUCUAAUUAUUUAAUAUCCAAAAAAGGAACAUUUAAGUUAAAGUGCGCGCACAUUAAAUGCAAUUCCGCCCUGACGAACCUUUUAUUAGCAUGUCAUUCCUAGACGUUCUCUAAUGACUAUUCAGUGCAUCGGGUAUAAUAUAUAACUGUGCCAUUGGAACCGCAGAAAUUGGCAAUAGCUGUAGUAGUGUCCCAGUAAAUUGUGAAAAUGUCUAUGUACUAGAUAAAACAUAAGCAGCCGAUCUGUAUCUGAUAUACAAACUCGAGCCGAAGGCGAGAGUUUGUAUAUCAGAUACAAGAUCGGAUGUGAAUGUCCGAUUUACAAACAUUGAUUAAACAUUCAUUUCUUUUGUAUUUUCCUCGUGAAUUGUUAAUGAUUUUUUUUAGUAUGAUAUUGUAUGAAAUCAAAUAGUAUAAAAAUAUGUACGUAUGAUGGCAGAAUUAAAUAGGAUAAAAAUAUUUACGAUAGGAUAUUUGUUACGCAUGCAGUAUAUAAUUAAAGAAGGAUCUUUAUAAUUUUAGGGCACAAGUGCAGCAGAACAACAAUAAUGGUAAGGGAAAACGGAGUAAUCUCUAGGACCACCAUUAUAACAGGGUAAAUUGUUUUGCAGUAACAAUUCAAAUACAUCAAGAAAAAGAAAACACUGUUAAAGUAUCCGAAUUUUAUUCAUCACUUCCAUUAGUUCUGAACACUACCACGUAUACAGCUAUUUAAGGUUGUCCACGAGCAAAGCGGAAAAGUCGAAUACGAGCGCCAAAGGCUGCUGGGAAUCGCUAACAAACUUAUUAAUUUUCAAAGCGAUUCCCAGCAGCCUUUCGCGCUCGUAUUCGACUUUUCCGCUUUGCCCAUGGACAACCUUAAUUGAAAUAGCUGUAUACAGGCGUAAAAAUACUUAUCUCAGUGUUUGUUACCACAGGAGGAAACUGGAGUACGCUGUAAAAACGCGCGGUGGAAGUAUACGUAUUCUUCUCGCAUGCGCAUGAAGCUAAAUUAUAAUCAAACAACCUUACCUUACAGAAAAUAUGAACCUGCAAUAGACGUCCAAUGGCUUAAUAAACAAAUCUAUGGUUGCUGCUUUAGAUAAAAAGUAAUGCAUGAUGUACACCAAUAUUUCAUUGUAUAAUGUUCAAAUAUAGUAACUAAGUCUCCAUCUUCAUAUUUUCAGACAUUGGGGUUGUCAACUAUUCCAAAGAAAUCUAUGAAGACGCAGAUCGGACCUACGAAACAUUAGAUGGCGUAUCGCCCAACCAGCCAGGAACAACCUCUGAUACCUAUAGCUAUCCAGAUAGUAAUAUCAUCCCCAAUACAACAUCAUCCCAACAGGAGUACACAUAUGCCAAAGAUACAGAUUUUCCGAGAUCUAGUGUAAGUACAAAGGCAGCACCCGAGGGGCCGGCAAGUAAUGGUACUGUGUACGAAACUUUAGAACAGCCAAGACACCCGACUGAUAACUUCUAUAACUACCUUGAUAAUACCAACAUUGCUAAGCCGCCAACAUCCUCUGAACUGGAGUAUACUUAUGCCAAAGAUACAGGUUUGCCGAGAGGUAGUCCAAAUACAAAGUACGAAACUUUAAAACAGCCGGGACAACCGUCUGAUGAUAACUUCUAUAACUACAUUGAUCAUACCAACAUCACCAAAACACCAUCACGUGAAUUGGAGUAUACCUAUGCGAAGGAUACCGAUUUUCCAAGAAGCAAUCCAAAUACAAAGGUAGCGACUCAGGAUCCUGCAAAUAGAGCUGUGUAUCAUACAUUGGAACAGCCAGAAAAACCGAAUGAUGAUGACUUUUAUCACUACCCUGAUAACACCAACAUCACCAAAACACCAUCAUCAGAACUGGAGUAUAUCUAUGCGAAGGAUACGGAGAUUCCGAGAGUUAUUGCAGAUAAGAAUUCGAAGGCAGCGCCAGAGACUACAAGUAAUGCAGUGUACCAUACAUUAGAACACGAACCGCCGCCGACCGGCACUAAAAUUCCGACUGAUCUGGAGUAUACAUAUGCCAAAGACACCGAAAUCCCGAAAUCUUUUGUAAAUGCUCCAGCUCCCAGUGAUGCAUUAUACCAUACUCCAGGACAGGAAGCACCGACUGAACCAGAGUACAGCUAUGCAAAGAAUACUGAUAUGCCUUCUAUUCAGCUGCGGACAAAGCAAACGAGCAACGGGCAUUCUUCUCCUCUUUCUGACAACAGCGGACUGUAUCAUACACUGGAAGAACCAAAUCCACCUCAAGCACCUGUUUAUUCAACGUUGGAAGGACCAGAUGAUGUAGAAAACUACAAACAGGUGAGAUCAUUUAAACUCUAAAUUUCUCCCUGUUUGCAUGCAUGGUACUGAGAAUUCAGUGUUUGUACAAAGGAGGAACAUACUUGGUUAAGUUUUUUAUGACACGAACUUAAAUUUUUCAAGGAAAUAUCCCCCACGUAAUAUUAGAACCAUACCAUGGUAAAUGGUAUGGUAAAUCCGCAUGGUAAAUUUGUCCAAGUAAAUUUGUUAACUGCAUGUGAGUGAGAGAGCCCAGCAUGCAGAGAAUAUACUCUCACUAUGCAAGUAUCCAUGCACAAAGUACAGUAACUACAAUCCUGGCAAAAACUAAUGAAACAUCCAGUUUGAUUAACAAUUUAAUUUAUUCUUCCCCCCUUUCCCCCUUCCAAUGUUGAUUAAGAUGAGCAAGAAACUUACACAUAGUGCUCUCUGCCAUCGAUGAACUAUUGUACACAAUUUUUUUGAAUCUAUGUCCAACAUUGUGCAGGGGGGAGGGGAUUUUGUCUGUUUUAUUGAUUUUUUAUAGGUGUUUCAUUAACUUUUUGCCAAGAUUGUAGUACUCAUUUCUUAUCAUAACAUCAGGGCCAAUUGAAAGAGAAAACAGAAGAUGGAAAGUACUAGUGUAUGCUACUCAUUAUUGAUGCUUCAUAUCUAGGUAACAGAUAAAAGACCAAAUUUCAGUGAUCAUACAUAUAUUGAUGUAAUUGAAGAUUCCAACAAGACAGAUUCCCGAAAUGCUAAAAACUCGUCUAGUGUAGCAUAGACUGUUUGUUAUAUUUAAUGUUUAUUAUAAACGUAUUGGUCAUACAUGUAUAUAUUGAAACACUAAUACACAUUGCAUGUACUACUCUACUUAGUGACUAAAUGUGGUUUGAUAUAAAACAAUCAUCAGUGACUAAUAUAUCUAAACAAACUAUUUUGUAUAAUAUGUCCAAUAAUAACCGAGAGUGAGGUCUUUAUAGUAAAAUAUUGCUAGGUCUCGCUUGUGAUGGAAAUAGAAGUAAAGAAAUCAAGUUUUGCUCCAAUUCGAAGAGACACUAAACUGAAAAGCUAGAGCACGAGAAACGGACUAAGCAAAAAUUAAAGGUAGCCUAAUAAUGUGUUAACUCGUUAUUUAAACCACGGUUGCAACAGUUAACUCAAAAUUAAAUUUAAGUAUAACUAAUUGAUCUUUCAUUUAUUCAAGGAAAUGUCAAUCGUGAUAUAACUCUUUAUAUAUAUA